AUGCCAGCUGAGCGCAAAAAGCCAGCAAAUAUGGAAGAAAAAGAAUCUACGUUAAAUAAUAAAGAAAAAGACUUUAGUGAAAGGCGGCCAGUGAGCUCGAGGGAGAAGCCAAAAGAAGAUGUCAAGGUUGGCAUGAAGAGAGAGACUUUAAAGGUUCCUGAAGAUAAAAAGAAAAAACUGGAAGAUGAUAAAAGAAAAAAAGAUGACAAGGAGAGGAAGAAAAAAGAGGAGGAUAAAGUAAAGGCAGAAGAAGAGCAAAAGAAGAAAGAAGAGGAAGAGAAAAAGAAACUAGAAGAAGAGGAGAAAAAGAAACAAGAGGAGGAAGAGAAAAAGAAACAAGAAGAAGCAGCUGCUCAACUGAAAGAAAAAGAGGAAGCGCACCAGCUCCAUCAGGAGGCUUGGGAACGCCAUCAGGCAAGAAAAGAGCUUCGCAGCAAAAACCAGAAUGCACCAGACAAUCGCCCUGAGGAAAACUUCUUCAGCAGACUAGAUUCCAGUUUGAAGAAGAACACGGCUUUUGUUAAGAAGCUCAAAACCAUUACAGAGCAACAAAGGGACUCCUUGUCCCAUGACUUUAAUAGCCUGAAUUUAAGCAAAUACAUUGCAGAAGCAGUAGCUUCUAUUGUGGAAGCCAAACUGAAAAUAUCGGAUGUGAACUGCGCUGUGCACUUGUGUUCCCUGUUUCACCAGCGCUACGCUGAUUUUGCUCCUUCACUACUUCAGGCUUGGAAAAAACACUUUGAAGCAAGGAAAGAAGAGAAGACUCCCAACAUUACCAAGUUAAGAACUGAUUUGCGUUUCAUUGCAGAACUGACAAUAGUUGGGAUUUUCACUGACAAAGAAGGUCUGUCUUUAAUCUAUGAGCAGCUUAAAAAUAUUAUUAACGCUGAUCGAGAAUCCCACACUCAUGUUUCUGUGGUUAUCAGCUUUUGUCGGCACUGUGGAGAUGACAUUGCUGGUUUGGUACCAAGGAAAGUAAAAACUGUUGCAGAGAAGUUUAACUUGAGCUUUCCUCCCAGUGAGAUAAUUAGCCCAGAGAAACAACAGCCCUUCCAGAAUUUGUUGAAGGAAUACUUUACGUCUUUGACCAAACACUUGAAAAGGGACCACAGGGAGCUACAAAACAUUGAAAGACAAAACAGGCGCAUUCUUCACUCCAAAGGAGAGCUCAGUGAAGAUCGACACAAGCAAUAUGAGGAAUUUGCCAUGUCCUAUCAGAAGCUGUUAGCAAAUUCUCAGUCUUUAGCUGAUCUUUUGGAUGAAAAUAUGCCUGACCUUCCUCAAGAGAAACCAACACCUGAGGAACAUGGGCCUGGUAUUGAUAUUUUCACGCCAGGAAAGCCUGGAGAGUAUGACCUGGAGGGGGGUAUCUGGGAAGAUGAAGAUGCUAGAAACUUUUAUGAGAAUCUCAUCGACUUAAAGGCUUUUGUGCCAGCAAUUUUGUUUAAAGAUAAUGAAAAAUGUUCCCAGAGCAAGGAUUCCAGUAAAGAUGAAUCAAGAGAUUCAAAAGAUGCCAAAGAUAAUAAGGAAGCACCUGGCAGUGAGGAUUUGGAGUUGGAGCUGGAGAACCUGGAUAUUAAUGACGAUCCUCUGGAAUUAGACUGUGGAGAUGAGGCAGAAGAUCUUACAAAAAAGCUUCUGGAUGAGCAAGGGAAGAGAGAGAGAGCAAAUAGCACCGGAGCUGAAACUAGUGACUGCAAACGUGCUGCAAGAAAACAAGAGGAUGAAGAAGCCAGUACUGGAUCUCAUUUGAAGCUUAUAGUAGAUGCUUUUCUUCAGCAGCUUCCAAAUUGUGUCAACAGAGACCUGAUAGACAAGGCAGCAAUGGAUUUUUGCAUGAAUAUGAAUACAAAAGCCAACAGAAGAAAACUAGUACGAGCGCUUUUCAUAGUUCCUAGGCAAAGGUUGGAUUUGCUACCAUUUUACGCAAGGCUGGUUGCCACGUUGCAUCCCUGUAUGUCUGAUGUAGCAGAGGAUCUUUGUUCCAUGCUGAAAGGGGAUUUCAGGUUUCAUGUAAGAAAAAAGGACCAGAUCAACAUUGAAACAAAGAAUAAAACUGUGAGGUUUAUUGGUGAACUUACCAAGUUUAAGAUGUUCUCCAAAAACGAUACUCUCCACUGUUUAAAGAUGCUUCUGUCAGACUUUUCUCAUCACCAUAUUGAAAUGGCAUGUACUCUGCUGGAAACCUGUGGAAGAUUCCUCUUCAGAUCACCAGAAUCUCACUUAAGAACCAGUGUUCUUUUGGAACAAAUGAUGAGAAAAAAACAAGCAAUGCAUCUAGACGCACGCUAUGUUACAAUGGUAGAAAAUGCCUAUUACUACUGUAAUCCUCCUCCAGCUGAAAAAACUGUGAAGAAAAAACGUCCUCCUUUGCAGGAAUAUAUUCGUAAGCUUCUUUACAAGGAUCUCUCCAAGGUCACCACAGAGAAGGUCCUGAGACAGAUGCGCAAGCUGCCUUGGCAGGAUGCAGAAAUAAAAGACUAUGUUACAUGCUGUAUGAUCAACAUCUGGAAUGUGAAAUAUAAUAGUAUUCACUGUGUAGCCAACCUCUUAGCAGGGUUGGUCCUUUACCAGGAAGAUGUUGGAAUCCACGUUGUAGAUGGAGUGCUAGAGGAUAUUCGCCUAGGAAUGGAGGUUAACCAACCGAAGUUUAACCAGCGACGGAUCAGCAGUGCCAAGUUUCUUGGGGAACUUUACAAUUAUCGAAUGGUGGAAUCGGCUGUAAUAUUUCGAACUCUGUAUUCUUUCACGUCGUUUGGGGUGAACCCUGAUGGUAGUCCUAGUCCACUGGAUCCUCCAGAGCAUCUCUUCAGAAUCAGACUAGUCUGUACAAUCCUCGAUACCUGUGGGCAGUAUUUUGACAGGGGAUCCAGCAAACGAAAACUUGAUUGCUUCCUUGUAUAUUUUCAGCGGUAUGUUUGGUGGAAAAAAAGUCUGGAUGUUUGGACAAAAGACCACCCGUUUCCUAUAGAUAUAGACUAUAUGAUCAGUGAUACACUGGAACUGCUGAGACCAAAGAUAAAGCUCUGCAAUUCUCUGGAAGAAGCCAUCAGACAGGUGCAAGAUUUGGAACGUGAAUUCUUAAUAAAACUAG